AUAAGUGCAUUAUUAGGAUACAACUCCUCGUUUAACGAAAACCAACACCUGUUUUACUCAGAUAUACGGUACAGUACACACAAUUUGAGUACACACACAUUCGGUUGCUGUUCACAGUCAAUCAGUAACUGUUUUAUUCAGUAGCAGGAAAACUUUUGGCAUUUUACAUCAUAAAAGUUUAUUCAUUCCUUUAUUAUAUGUAUUGUGUGGUAACUGACUAACUAUUUUAUAAUAGGAAUGUGUUACUCAAGGCUAGUGCUGUAUUGUGAAUUAGUCACGGCUGAAGGGGUUGUAAACAUUGUUUUAAACAAAUUAAUGCAGAUAUUUAGGCUAAAUUACACAUAAUAUUAAGUUGAUGUAAUUAUCGACAUAAUUUCAUUAAAUCAGUAAAUUACAAUUUUUACUUUGCAACAAUGCAUACAAUUAAGCAGUGCUAACAGGUCCUAAAUUUAUAUUAUUAUACAUUUUUAUUAUUAUAGUAAUAGUAAAUUCAGUAUAUUCAGCAUGGGAGUCCUGGGACUGAGAACUUACAUUGAGAAACAAACAAGCUUGUUAGAGGAUUUGCCAUUUAGAGACAGUAAACUCAUAAUUGAUGGAUGUAACUUAUACCACGAACUGUACUUUCAAAACCUGCACAUUAAACUGGAUCUGAAGCAUGGAGGAGAAUAUGAGGCAUUUGAAGAUUUGAUCACAGAGUUUUUCAGCAUCCUCAGAGACUGUGAUAUUCAGCCAUACGUUGUAAUCGAUGGUGGGGGUGACUACACUGACAGAAAAUUUGCGAUCCUUAAAAGACGUUCGGAGGAAGAAAUUAUAAAGACCAAUAAGCUGUCUACAGGAAGGAAGAGGAGGUCCCUGCCACUUCUUACUAAAUAUGUGUUCGCCCAGACCCUUCAUAAACUCAAGGUGCCAUUUGUUCAGUGUUAUGAAGAUGAUGGGGAGAUUGCUGCUUUGGCUAACCAGUGGAAUUGUCCAGUUCUGUCCAAUGACAGCGAUUUCUAUAUAUUCGACCUCAAGGCAGGAUUUUUGCCCACUCAACAUUUUUGUUGGGAAUAUGUAGACGUGAACACAGACACAAACCAAAAAUACAUCCCAAGCAAACAUUUUAAGGUGGAAAGUUUAUGUGCAUCUUUCAACAUCAUGAACAAGGAUCUUCUCCCAGUUUUUGCAUGCAUCCAUGAUAUUAUGGAAUUGCAAAAAAUGGCACUUCCCGGCAUCAACUCUAUUGAUGGUUUGCUUGAGUGGUUAUCCCGAUUCCGGAGUCCAGAAGAGGCCAUUGAUGGUUUUCUCAAGCGCAUAAAAUAUAAAAAGAAAAAAUAUGUUGUCCGUAAAGCUCUGUUUAACGGCAUCCAAGAGUACAAGCUCACCAAAAGUUCUCUUGCCCAAUUCUUCAACUCAGAAACACAGAUAGCCUGUACAGGUCCACUGCAAGCCCUGCCUGCGUGGAUUCUGAUGCACCUGCAUGAAGGAAAGAUGGGCUCCUUCAUUAUUUAUGUACUGUUACAAAAAAGGGUUAUGCUGAACCCUCAGGUUGAAGAUUUUCAGCAACCCAGCAGCCACAAAAUCUCUCGUCCCAUACGACAAGUGCUUUACGGUUUAGUGUUGUUGGGGAAACAACAGACGGUGGACAAACACGUUGCAGCUGCUAAAACAUCUACUGCUACAGACAAGUGCUAUGUAACAGAGUACGACAGAGAGGGAUUAACUCUAACCAGUUCAGAAGUUGAAGCUAUAGAGACUAAAGUAAAAGAAGGACUUCAACUGGAAACAUUACCAGAGGAACCACACGCCUUGCGACUUCAGAUCUUCUUGGAAACUUUGGGUGUGCCAUCUGUCACUUUUAGAGGUCUCUCACUUCACCUUCAGUUCCAGGUGUUUGUGAUGCGUUACUGGCUGGUAAAUGCGCAGCCUCAGCCAAACCUGGUGCAUCUGUGGGGUCUUCUACUGGGGAUGGUUCAUGGACAGCUCAACACUACAGCCAGGGCACAAAUAGGUACUGAUUUCAUAACACAUCGAUAUUGGGGUUUAGAGACACGGCUGAAACUAAAAACUCAGGCAAAUCUGGAUCAUGAGGUGGCUCAUCUGUACAGCCAAUGGCAGUCCUGUCUGUGGUGGAGUCUUUGUCUCAAUCGCUUACUGUGUUGUCCACUUCCUGAACCAGAGUGUGCACGGUUGUACCAGGGAACGUUGGUUCACCACGCUGCUCGGGAGUUCAAGAGAGGCAUCAAACCAGAGUCUCUGCUGCCGAUGGGCUCAGAAGCUGAAAAGCUAUUCAGACAGAUGAGAGAUGCGGUUCUGAGCUUGGUGGAUGAAGAUGUUGUCAGGAGAAUCAGUACCAGAUACAGGAACAGAGCUGUUGGCAACAGAUGCAAUGAUCUGUCUGCAGAAGAACCGAACUAUGAACAUCUGAUGCAGGAAGAUAUUGAGGACUAUGAUGAUGAUGAUGAUGAUGAUGAUGAUGAUGAUGGAAAACAAAGUAAGGCGAAAGAUCACAAAAAGGGCAGGUCUGAAUGUUUCUACACCAUUCGUACCAGACACAAGGCCAAAGCACGUAAUGCUAACCAUCCCUCAAAGAAAUCUGAAAGGAGAUGCUUUGACUAAAUAUCUUUAAAUAACACUUGUGCUUAGAGUUGUAGAGAGAAUUUAAAAGUGGGAGGGGGACUUUCUAUUCUUACACUAAAAGAUUUUCAGUGAAAAUGUUCAAAUCAUCCAUUGGUGGCGAGUCUGGCUUGACAUCUGACAUGACCCAUUCAAACCAGUGGAAAUGACUACAUGUGAAGUCAUUCAGGUUCCUAGGUACCACCAUCUCUCAGAACCUGAAGUGGGAUAAUCACAGUGACACCAUUGUGAAAAAGGCCCAGCCGAGGUACUUCCACCACCAGCUGAAGUUCAAGUUCAAGUAUCAAGGCAGACAUCAGGGGACUCAUUUAUAAAGCGUGCGUACGCACAGAUUUGAUCGUAAAGUGUGCGUAGGCAAAAAUCCACGGCAAAGUCCAUAUUUAUAAAAACUGUCUUUGACGUGGAAAAGAUAUUUACAUCUCCAGAGUGAGAAAAGGGAUAAAAAGGUCACUUUGGACCUCACACUUAGCCCAAUCUUUCUUUAAACUGUUUCCUUCUGGCCAAAACUACAAAGCACCAAGACAGACAGACCCAAGAAGAGGUUUUAUGACUUAAUAUAUCUGGUAUAACUGUAUAUUCUGUAAAAAAACAUCUUAAACUGUACAGAUGUAAAUAUCACCUGUAAACAAUAUAUCUGUAAAAUAAUCAUAUGUAUACAUUCACAACGCUACAGCUAGCAUACCGCUCCAAAUAAGUGACAAAAUAACGCAAACAUUUUUACUAUUUAUGUGUUGUGAUUUGUAUACAACGUGUAAAAAUAACAAGGUCAUAUGAGUGACAGACAUCUUUUCACCGUAUACAUACUGGGAACUAUAUUCUCAGAAGGCAAAGCACUACUACUUGGGCGGAGUGAUUUGCACAACUCUGACCGAACUCUCUGCUCCUCAACAGGGGGCUUCUAGGGUCCUCCAAGCAAAAAUCCCAAAAUGUGGGCGUCACUUUCCUUUAAGGUUAAGGUUUCAUAUGAAGCAAUUGUUGUGUACUUUUCAUCAAUCAUGACAUUUCAUUAAAACUAAAUAUUAUAAAUCAUUUACUUGAGCAAGAUUUUUGAAUAUAUGUAGCCUAGGUGUACUCUUAGAGUAAAUUUAAAGUGCGUACAUUUACUUGAGAUUACUUUAAAAUACAUAAAUGUAGCCUAGUUUUACACUGUGCGACGGAUUUAAACAAUACUGGUCGCUUCCUGUUUUAGUUUUUAACACUGAACAAAAUAUUAAUAUUAAUUCAUAUUAGAACAAAAUACAACCAACAGAAAAUUUUGAACUGAAUCAAAAUGUAAAAUAAAUGUGAACUAAAAAACUUAAAAACAACCGGAAGUGGUUGUGGACCAGUGUCAUUUACAUCUUGCAAAAUAGUCUAGGACAAUUUCAGGCAGCAUGGUACAAGUUUGGUGGAUGUAGCUUGAAAGAUAAAAGGAGUUACAAUACAGUCAACAGUUUCAGUAAGAAGAAAAAUAAGAAUAUAAGCUAUAACAAUAAGCUAUAACUUUGCUUUCUCACACGUAUAAAAAACUUUAAAACACAAACAUAAAGACGUGUUGGGUGACGUAAAAAUGCAUCUACAACCUAUAAACGGAAACCAAAACUGCAAACGUGUCCUGUUGAUGACACGAUGCGCGCAACCACAGACACAGAUUAAACCUUUGACAGAGUGACACACGCUUCUAGAAAUGUGCACUUGAAGCAAUUCAAAUGAUUGACAUCUGAUUAUCUUUAUACUGUACGGUCAGAGUGCAAUGCUCUGAGUUUAGUUAACUUACAGUAAAUGCAAAACUCUUGUCAUUGACAAUACUCUUAUAUUGUUUUUUGUUAUUAUCAAUAUGCCAUUAAAACAAAAAGCAAUGGUUAAU